AUGUCAGCUAUUCAUAAGGAAAAUGAAGUGGCAAUACCCAAAACAACCGGUUCUGACAGUCAAAAUAAUGAAAUUGAUGCCACAAGUUACCAUGAAAUGAGAAAAAAUGCAGUUGCAGAACUCAAAAGGUCAAAUAAAAAUCCAUAUCCACAUAAGUUCCACGUAUCAAUAUCAUUGGGCGAGUUCAUUGAAAAGUAUUCAUCUCUGUGUCCUGGAGAACAUUUGGAUGAUGUUUGCGUCAGCGUUUCAGGCCGUGUUCAUGCUAAGCGAUCAGCUGGCUCCAAAUUAGUUUUUUAUGAUAUUCGAUCAGAGGAGAGUAAAUUACAAGUGAUGGCAAAUGUGCGUAAUUACAAAUCCGAACCGGAAUUUGAAGAAAUAAAUGACAGAAUUCACUUGGGAGAUAUCAUAGGAUGUGUUGGUAUACCAGGAAAAUCUAAGCUUGGUGAAUUGAGCAUUCUUCCUCGUGAAAUAGUACUCCUCUCGCCUUGUUUAUACCAACUUCCUCACAUGCACUAUGGCUUAAAAGAUAAGGAAACACGUUUUCGUCAACGUUAUCUGGAUCUUAUGAUGAAUGAAGAUGUCCGACAACGUUUUAUUACACGCUCUCGUAUUAUAAAUUACAUACGCUCAUUCUUGGAUGAUCUGGGAUUCUUAGAGGUGGAAACCCCAAUGAUGAAUACAAUUGCCGGUGGGGCAUCAGCUAAACCAUUCGUCACAUAUCAUAAUGAACUGAAUAUGAAUUUGUUUAUGCGUGUCGCCCCUGAACUGUACCUGAAAAUGCUUGUCGUUGGCGGGCUGAAUCGCGUCUAUGAGAUUGGCCGUGUAUUCAGAAACGAAGGCAUCGAUCUGACGCAUAAUCCAGAGUUCACAUCGUGUGAAUUUUAUAUGGCCUAUGCAGAUUAUGAAGAUUUAAUGACAAUCACUGAGGAUUUACUUUCAGGUCUUAUUAAGCAUCUCUUUGGAUCGUAUAUUAUUAAGUAUCAUCCAGAUGGACCAGAAUCUGAAGCCAUCACGGUUGACUGUACACCACCGUUUAAACGUAUCCAUUUCUAUGAUGAUUUAGCCGCUAAACUUAAUGUACAGCUACCUCCUCCAGACACUCUGCAUACAGAAGAAGCGCGACAAUUUUUCAUGAAAAUUGCAACACAACAUGGAGUUGAUUGUCCAGAGCCAAGAACUACAGCCCGAUUACUUGACAAGUUAGCUGGAGAGUUCCUUGAACCAAUGUGUGUCAAUCCAACCUUUCUCAUCUGUCAUCCAUGUGUAAUGAGUCCUUUAUCCAAAUGGCAUAGAUCUCGUCCUGGUUUAACGGAACGCUUUGAAUUAUUCAUGCUGAAUAAAGAGCUGUGCAACGCCUAUACAGAGUUGAAUGAUCCAGCUGUACAACGUGAAAGAUUUUUAGAGCAAGCAAAGGACAAAGCUGCUGGUGAUGCUGAAGCCAUGGUCACAGAUGAACAGUUUCUCACUGCGAUCAGCUAUGGCCUCCCACCGACUGCCGGUUGUGGUAUUGGUGUGGACAGGCUAACUAUGUUUCUGACAAAUACCAAUAAUAUCAAAGAGGUGAUUCUAUUUCCCGCGAUGAAACCAGAAGCGAAUGUGCCUGCUCCAGCGAGUGCUGUAGCAGUUACAAACGAUACUACAACUGAUAACAAAACCUCCAAUGUACACAAUGCCGAGUCUUCUGCUGUUCCUGCCAGUAACACCAGUCAUCUAGAAUCAGAAUCCUUGAACAGUAAUGAAAAUACGCUAAGCAGUCCUCCUCGCACCAGUAAAACUUUGUCUUCUCCAACACAAGCAAAUCCAACGGUCCAGAAUUCUCCACGUCAAGAAGAAGAAAAAGCAGGAGUGGUCAAUGAAUCUCCUGCAUCGGCAGCAAAAAGCGGCAAAAAGAAAAAAGGACGACGAUCGUAG